AUGCGUCAGAAACGUGCUAAAGCGUAUGAGCGUCUAAUGACAGCAUACGAGCGAUACUUUCGCUACCGACAACCCUACCAAAUUCUUAUCGACGAUGCCUUCGCGCUCAACCUACACCGCGCCCAGCUAAGCCCACAGAAGCAAUGCGAUAUGGUUAUGCGCAGUGAAACCAAAAUCAUGAUUACUCAGUGUACUAUGCAGGCCCUUUAUGCUCGCGGUCCAGAGUGUCAACCCGCCGUCGAUCUCGCAAAAUCAUUCGAAAGGCGUAAAUGUAAUCAUAGAGAGACUAUUCCAGUACACGAAUGUAUUAAAAGCGUCGUUGGGGAUACGAACAAGCAUAGAUACGUCAUAGCGACGACCAACACUGAACUCAGGAAACACCUCCAUUCUAUCCCAGGCAUACCAAUACUCCACUAUAAUAGAAUGGUUAUUGUCCUUGAACCGCCAUCUGAUGCAACAUCAAACCGUAUUAAACAAAUUGAGGGCGAGAAAGUGUCUCAGUCGGUUGUUGAAAAGAAGGUGCUCGACGGACAGGCAAAGGAGGAAGCGGGUGAAAAACCUAGGGAGGAAAAUAGCGAACAACCAAAGAAAAAGAAGAGGAAGGGGCCCAAAGGACCAAAUCCUCUUGCUGCGAAGAAGAAGAAACCUGAAAAGUCAAAGCCACAGAAGCAUGACACUGAUAAAGACGAUAAAGACGCACCAAAGAAGAAGAGGAGUAGGAGGAGGAACAAAAUUGGCGGUGAUAGUGGCAGUGCGGAUACACCUACACCUGCAACCGCAUAG